CUGUGAGUUUGAUAAUUGUAUUGAGUACUAUCUAUAUUUAUAUACUAGUUUUUCUUUUUUUAUUUGCAAUUAUUCUAUUUUAUACUUUUUUUCAGUUUUCGUAUGCUGUUGAGGCAGGGCUGAAAAGUAACUUUCUGCCACCUAACCUUAUAAACGAACUCAUACGAGAUGUUUGCACAAGUGUGCAGAAUCACACUCGCAGCCCAAACAAAUAUGAGAGGGAGGAGGUUGCCAAAAAGAUUUGUGGGGAAUACCCUUUCUUAAAAGCACCCCAGCUCAGUAAGGACACAAAACCCUGGGGAUCACUGGAGGUCAAGAUCAUGAACAGAUUCAAAAAGCUACAGAGAAGGAAAUCAAGGCAUGACACCGAAAGAGUAAAAACGMCCUCUCCACCAAAAAAGUCUUGGCUGGCAGUGCCAAAUGUCCCAAAUUUAAAUGAGGUUGAGRAGGCUGUCAUUUCCAUUCAGCAAGAAUGGAAAAAAAGCAGGAAGGAUCAUGGGGUCAUAAAGAGCUUGAUGGGAAUAACCUAUGGCAGGAGGAGGGAAAUGAUCCUCUCCGAAGAAAGGCCACUUACUGAGAUUCUGAAGGCAUUUCCUCCGUUAUCAAAUACUCUCUAUAUAAAAUCAGACUUUGGGAGGAUUCUUGGAAAGGAAGAUGUGGCGAAGCAAAUAAAGAGUAACUUAUCAGAAGUGUGGAAAGAGAGAGUUUUGGCAUAUGCCAAAACUUUGCCAAAACUUCAAGGAGUUUUAGAUGAAAUGGAGUCUGCGGUAGACAGUGGCUGCAAUGAAGAAGAAUGCAAAGAAAGGGCAACUCUGCAGCUGGCUUCGUUAAUGUUGAGGCCACCAAACAAAAAAGGGCAAAACAAUGAGCACGAGGAGGCCGUGAUAAAAGUUCUCCAAACAGAGGGUCAGCAGUCAUUCGAUCAACAACUUAAAAAGAUCAUUCAACCUUGUAUUGUAGUUAGUGACAAUCUGUAUAAUGGAGACCUGAUGUAUGUUGUUUCUGAGGGCACCCAAAUGUGCAAUAUCACCACAAAGAAGAUUGGAGAUGCCCUGGUGGUAUUGUUGGCCACAUAUUUCUUGUACAACAUGUCCUACACAACUGGCAAGAAUGUUUACAAGUUUUUAGAGCUGACAAUGAUGGGUUUAAAUUAUGAGAAGAAUCCUGUUUCAGUGGAGACUACAAUUGGUGUUUUGUCAAACUUUGRCAAAAAGUAGUUCAACCAAACUAUCAUUCUUCCUCAUAUUUCAAACCCAUUCACAUACAAAUCAUACAUGUUAUUUACUUUGAAAAGG